CACCACUGUCAACACUGUGACAAAUCCUUCACAACAUCAAAAUAUUUAAAGAUUCAUCAGAGAUUUCACACUGGAGAGAAGCCUUACAGCUGUGAUCUAUGUGGUAAAACCUUUUCUCACAGUGGUAGCCUAGAAAUCCACAGACGUGUUCACACUGGAGAUAAACCCUACAGCUGUGAACAAUGCGGGGCAGCAUUCUCACAUUUAAGUAGCUUACAAUCCCACCGACGUGUUCACACUGGAGAGAAGCCUUACAGCUGUGAUCAAUGUGGAAAAACUUUUUCUCAGAGUGGUCACCUAGAAAGACACCGACGUGUUCACACUGGAGAGAAGCCUUACAGCUGUGAUCAAUGUGGAAAAACAUUUUCUCAGAGUGGUCACCUUAAAAAACACCAGCGUGUUCACACUGGAGAGAAACCGUACAGCUGUGAUCAAUGUGGAAAAACGUUUUCUCACAGUAGUAACCUUAAAAGACAGCAGUGCGUUCACACUGCCUCAUUGUGAACAUGGUUCUUCAGGGCUCCAGACUAACUUUUUGCCUUGGUUGCACUGGUGCACCUAACUUUUUCAAAUUUUUCAUCUUGUCGCCGUUAAUGCUGAAUGGGGAUACACGAUAUAUAGCUCUGUAUUUUUUUACCAAGUGGGCUAAAUGUUCAGUUUUAAGUAAUUUUUUUACAAGCUCUUUUAUUAAAACAGAUUGUGAUUAAAAUAAAAUGCAAAGACAGGGUUUCCUUUACCAGUUUGAAAAUAGUAGUUGAAGUAGUAGUACCUGUAUGCUACUCACAGAGUGACCGCUGACUCAUUAUGAAUGGGUCCAGCACGGGUCGAUUAAUGCGCUUUGGCGGGUCAGCGGCGUUACACACGUCUUGUGUA